GCUGAGGCCUAAAAAAUUGAAAUUGAAGAAUAAAUGUUGUUGUCAAAAAGUGUCAAAAAUGUCAAAAGUCAAAGCUGUCACUUUUCUAUUAAACUUCAAAAGACGUAAAAUUGAAAUUAUAUUCAAGGCGAGCAAAUAAAAUAACUUAAAUACGAAUGUUUAUUAGGACGUGACCCAUAGGAUUACCAUAGUUUUAAUGCUAUUAAAUUUAUCAAUACCAUGACUUCAAUUUUAGGCAACGAAUGGCACAUAUCGUCGACUGGAAAUGAAAUUUUAACAGAAAGUGGUUCCAUAAAAGAUAAACAGCAAAUUUAUAAUGUUGCUCUAAAUACAGAUUUGAAAGAAAUUUGUAAACCAGUACUGCACGAAUUUACGAAUGAAACUCCGAAAAUUAUACUCCAAAUUCAUAAAAUUCGAAAUAUUUCUGCUCCGAAAGCGAAUGAAGAAUCUCAAGUCGCCCCUAGGUUGCUUAAAUUCACAUUGACAGACGGCGAAACUUAUAUUCAAGCUUUCGAAUUGGUCCAACUUGGAGGGGUCAGUUUAAAAAAUACUUUUCCAGGUACUAAAUUGUUGCUUGAAAAUGCAAGGAUAUCUUCUGGAUAUUUGUUAUUGACUCCACAAAAUUGUAAAGUACUGGGUGGUAAAGUUGUGCAUUUAUACGAAAAAUGGGAAAUUACUAAAAGUGUGCAAAAGAAUAGAAAAAACAUUGUUGAUGAUGAGGAUGGUCCUCCGCCAUGGGUGAACUUUGGUACGAAAAUUAAAAUCGGCCACCAGGAAAACAAUUUUAAAUCCCUUGUAGAUAAAACAAAAGAAUCUAAAGAAUCGUCUGAAUUUGAUCAACAACGUCAAGAUGCUAUUGCAGAAGCAGCAUCAGGAGCAAUUAGAAAAGUUUUCAGUGGUAGAGUAAGACAAAAUGUACAGGUGCAAAGUACCAAUAAGAAAAUACCAGAAAGAACAAGAGAGAGAAAAGAUGGUGGGAAGUUUAGAGGCAAAACUUUGGUUAGGGAGAAGGAUAAUGAUGAAAGAAUAGAAAAACCAUCAGAAAAAUUAUCACUAUUUGCAUUUUUAGAAGAUAAACUACCUGUUAACAGCAAUCAAGAACAUUAUUAUCAGAACCAGUUUAGUAAAAAUAAUUUUAAAGAAGUUGAUUCGUCUAUUGAAGAUCAAAAUAAAUAUGAUUAUAGAAGGAAGAGGACCCCAAUUCCUAAAGAAUUUGAAAAAUCCGACUACAACAAAAAAAAUACAAUCAAUAAUCCAAAAAGAGAAAAUUCAUAUUCGACACCAAGCAGCAAUAAUUUGACAGAUACAGUUGAAAAAAAAUCAAAUGGCAAUAAUCAAAAUAUGAAUUUUAGUAUAGGUGAACAGAACAAGCAAAAACCUAAUUAUGGGGCUCAAAAAACUAACAGUUAUCCUCAAAAUAAUUAUCAAACUCCAAAUGUUGUUAAAAAUUAUUCAAAUAAACAAAAAUUGUACCCAAGGCAAGAUAAUCCACACUUUCAACAAGACAACAAUUUUCACCAACAGUAUAACGCCCACCCUCAGCAAUUCCAACAAAAUCCCCUCUUUGUACAUUCUAAUCAAAAUAACCAUAAUUCUGAACCAAAUAAAACCUACUCUCAGCCUCAACAAGGUAAUUAUUUUCAAAAGAACCAGCAUUACCCACAGCAAAAUAGUUCUUAUGCCGUCCAAAAGAUGACUGAUACCUAUCAAAAUUCUAAUGCUUAUAAUAAACACCCUCAAAGGCAGAACUUUCAUCAAAAUGAUGUGGAUCAUGUAACGCAACAGGUUCAGAAAAUGGCUAUAAAUGGUCAAUUUGCUAGUAGAAGUUUGAGGCAGCAUUUGAAUUUACCGGAUGAUAGAAGAAAUGAAGAUGUUCAGGGGAAAAGCAAAGAUGUUUCGGUAGGCAGGAUGAAUAUUGGGGAUGAGAUUAUGGCCAAGUAUUGGGAGGAUGGAAAGUAUUACAAUGCCAAAAUUAUAUCGAUAACAGACAAAACGUUUGCUGUGAUGUUCAGGGAUUAUGGAAACAUUGAAGAAAUAUUGAAAUCUGACUGCCAACCUCUGUUGCCCGGCAAUAAUAAAUUUAAUCAACAAUCAACUGGAAGCAAUAGACAGUACUCAGGUACAAUGGAAUACCGAAGAAAAAAUUAUAAAUAAUAUUUGUGCCAAUUAGGUAUUGUAAAAUUUUCAUGGAAUUGAUUAUAUAUAUUAACAUGUAAUUCACUCGCUGUAUAUUAUUAUUUCGAUUAAACUUUUUAAUAAGAAUAACAUAAUUUAAAAUGUAAUAUUUUUUCGUAUAAUUUUGUUGAUUAUAACUAUUUUUUCGAAUUAAAUUUGAUUUAAAAAG